UCCGGACGCCGCUGCGAGCUCCACCCAUCCGAAUGCAGCUCAACAACAUGAUUCGAACCCUUAUGGGCGGCGGCGGCGGCAAUGGCGGCGGCGGUGGCAUUGCUGUGUCAGCCGAGCGCCUUGAGGACGCUGCGCCGUCGUGGGAGGCGCUGGCCGCAAAGCUCGACACGGCCUCGACGGACGACGAGCGCGCCUUCCGGCAGGACCUUGAGUCCGGCCGUGCCGCACGCGCCUGCUCGCUCGCGUCGCAACGGCUGUUUGACCUUCCGGACGGCGAGGCGCCGAGGCUGACGCUCUUCCGCGACACCGCUGCGUGGUGUCCGUACUGCGAGAAGGUAUGGCUCGUGCUGGAGGAGAAGCGGGUGCCGUAUGAGGUGAAGAAGGUCAACAUGAACUGCUACGGUGACAAGCCGGCCUGGUUCUGGGCGAUCCAGCCGUCGGGAGGGAUCCCCGUCGCAAAGCUUGACGGGCAGGUGAUCCGCGAGUCGAACGACAUCAUCAUGGCGGUCGAGGAGGCCUUCCCUGACAGGAACGCUGCCGGCACUCCCACACGCCUCGGCGACCCGCGCGUCCGCCCGCUGCUCAGCCUCGAGCGCGAGCUCUUCUCUGCCUGGUUCCGCUGGCUCACCUCCUCCGCGUCCGAGGGCGCACAGAGGGCCAACUUCGAGGCGCUCCUCCGCCGCGUGGACGGCGAGCUCGCCGCAAGCGGCGGACCGUACUUCCUCGGCGCGGAUCUCUCGCUAGUCGACUGCAUGUUUGCGCCCUUUCUGGAGCGGAUGGCCGCGUCGCUCCCCUACUACAAGGCGCUGACGCUGCGGCGCAACGACGGCUGGCCCCGCAUCGAGCAGUGGCGCCCCUCGUACCGGCACGUCCAGUCCGACUUUUACACGCACAUCGGGCGCUGCCAGUCGGUGCCGGAGGCGGAGGAGUUCGCCGCGGAAAUCGACGGCUCGGACGGGAGCUGGUCGCUGCCGCUGCCGGAAGACGACGGCUCGCUGCUGCAGCCGCUGCAGGGGCUCGGCGCCGGCGCCGACGCGGCGCGGCGCGAGGCGGCGGAGCGGCUCCUCCACAACCACGAGGCGAUCGGCCGCUUCGCUGCGCGCGGCCUGAGCGCCCCCGGCGUGCCUCCCGCCUCGCAGCCGCUGUGCUCCCCCCCUCGGCCGCUUUUCACUGCCGGGAGAGGUGACGAGCAGGCUUUCCGCCCGUGGCGGCGGAGCUGUCCGACCCGAACGCCGCGCCCGCCGAGGAGGCGCUGCCGGUCGUGGAUGCGCUGCUGCGGCACACAACGCACGCCCUGCUCGACGGCGAGGGCGACGCGGGCGCGGCGGCGCUCUCGCCCGACACGCUGUCUGGCGGCAUCGAGCCACGCGCCGCUGCCGCGAGCCUCGGCUACCUGCGCGACCGCAUCUCGGUGCCGAGAGACAUGAGCUACCCGGCGGCGCGCCAGCUGCGAGCCCACCUCAACGGUGUGAUCGAGGGCGUCGGCGCAAAGGCCGCGGC